GUGACAUUGUUCCAGAGUGCUCCACCAUCAGGGCCAUCUUUGGUCGUCCUCGCCGGUGACAGUGUGGACAGUAUAUUCCAUUGGUCAUUAAUGCCUAAUGGUUCAUAAAUAAUAUUUAGCUUUUGAAUAGCCAUUUAAAGCACUUUGGGCUGCGGAAGGCAAACGACAUCCCGGUUUGUGGACUCUUUCCUCCAAUACCCUUCAUUUCUCAAGGCACAAAAAAGAGGGCGAGACGGGAGAGGCGGUGAUACAACAUGGAUGAGGAAUAUGAUGUGAUCGUUCUGGGCACCGGACUCACAGAAUGCAUUCUGUCCGGAAUCAUGUCUGUGAAUGGGAAGAAGGUUCUGCACAUGGACAGGAACCCCUACUAUGGUGGGGAGAGCUCUUCCAUUACACCCCUUGAGGAGCUGUAUAAGCGCUUCACUCUCCCAGAUAGCCCACCAGAGUCCAUGGGCAGAGGGAGGGACUGGAACGUUGACCUCAUCCCUAAGUUUCUCAUGGCUAACGGUCAGCUGGUGAAGAUGCUGCUAUACACGGAGGUGACACGGUACCUCGACUUUAAAGUAGUUGAGGGAAGUUUUGUCUACAAAGGAGGAAAGAUCUACAAGGUGCCGUCAACCGAGACUGAGGCACUAGCUUCAAAUCUGAUGGGAAUGUUUGAGAAGCGAAGGUUUCGGAAGUUUUUAGUCUUUGUGGCCAAUUUCGACGAAAAUGACCCCAAGACUUUUGAGGGCGUGGACCCCAAAACCACAACAAUGAGGGACGUUUACAAGAAGUUUGACCUCGGCCAGGAUGUCAUUGACUUCACUGGCCAUGCCCUGGCCCUCUACAGGACGGACGACUAUCUUGAUGUUCCCUGUUUGGAUACGAUCAAUCGUAUCAAACUCUACAGUGAAUCGCUGGCACGAUAUGGAAAGAGCCCCUACCUCUACCCCCUGUAUGGUCUGGGUGAGCUGCCUCAGGGAUUUGCCAGGUUGAGUGCAAUCUACGGAGGAACCUACAUGCUGAACAAACCAGUGGAAGAGAUCGUGAUGGAAGGAGGCCACGUGAUCGGAGUCAAGUCUGAGGGCGAGGUGGCUCGCUGCAAGCAGCUCAUCUGCGACCCCAGUUACAUCCCGGACCGUGUCCGUAAGGCUGGCCAGGUGAUCCGUGUGAUCUGCAUCCUCAGCCACCCCAUCAAAAACACUAAUGACGCCAACUCCUGCCAGAUCAUCAUUCCUCAGAAUCAGGUCAACCGCAACUCAGACAUCUAUGUGUGCAUGAUCUCCUAUGCUCACAACGUGGCAGCCCAGGGGAAGUACAUUGCUAUCGUCAGCACCACAGUGGAAACCAGUGAGCCUGAGGCUGAGAUCGAGCCGGCCCUCGAGCUGCUGGAGCCCAUCGACCAAAAGUUUGUGGCUAUCAGUGACCUUUAUGAACCCACAGAUGAUGGCACUGAGAGUCAGGUCUUUGCCUCAAGGUCCUAUGAUGCCACCACCCACUUUGAGACCACUUGCAACGACAUCAAGGACAUCUACAAACGUAUGACCGGGACCGACUUUGACUUUGAGAACAUGAAACGCAAACAGAACGACGUGUUUGGGGAGGAUGAGCAGUGAGCGGUAGAACGGGGGGCAUCCGAGAGAGGGCGGGGCCGGGAAAGGAGGCGGAGGGGGCGGAAAGAGGGCUAAGAAGCGGCAGAGCCUGCGGUAGAGGGCUGGAGCUGCUUGAACAGUGCUUUAAAAACAAUUGAGAGGGGCAGGGGAGGGGAGGGGGGGAUUGCGCGGGCUCUGCCUGUCUUAAGCCAGUUAGCCUCCUUUUCCUCACGUCUCUCUCUCUCGACACACACAAACGCUCACAAACACACACAUACACGCUUUUCAAAUACUCACACUCCUUUUCUCUGUCACAGAAAAGCAGGGUUGAUAUGGUCUUUCAUUCCAUUGUAGAAUUUACAGUAUAAUCAUGUCUUAACUAUUAUCAUUAGAGGUGGAUUUAUUACUUGUUGUUGGCAAUUUCAGAGCAUUUCAUUCUUUCUGUAACGUCUUUCUCCUCAUAUCAGAGGUUAGGUGGAAGAGUCGAAGACUGACAGCACCGCAAGCUCUGACAUGAGGGACCUGUAACGGCUUAGAGUAGAAUCCUCUGGACAUGCAUGCAUCUUUUACACACAGUAGUAUUGUACAUAGACUCAAACGACACUGCGGUAUGAAGGCUGGACCAUUCCACGCAUCACUCCUGUCAACCCUGCUUUCACUUUUCUCUUACUUGGUCUUUUACCUGUGUUACUUCAAUAGACGCCGCUCCUUUUGGCAAAAUCUGUUGGUUGGGCAAAAAAAAAAAAAAAACAACAAACAAAUGUGAUGAAAAGUUACAUAUAAAUGGGCUGUUCUGUCAACUGAUAGUGCUCACUUUGCAAUGCUGUUGUGUUCCCUGUGCUAGCAGGCAAGCUAACCAGUGACUAUUAACUGUCCCCCCACCCCAACCUCUCUCCCCAAAAAAACAACCGUUCCUUUGUUUAUCUCUGUCGUGUGUAUGUCAGUUUUCAAUUUGAAAUAGUUUACGUUCUAACAUUUUAAAUUAUUGAAGAGUUUUAUUUCUAUAUAUUCGGUGCACAUUUCACUGGCUGAAGUUAUGAAGUUUACAGAGCAGAGGUUGAAACUGUGGUCUUCAAGUUGGGAACAAAAAAUACAAAUAAAAUAAAGGGAACGUCGGGAGCAGAAGGGGCUCGGAGAGGAUUAUGAUCUGGAAGGAGUGAUGAAGAAGGAUGAGAUGUGAGGAAGUGUGCUUUGGGUAGAAGAAUGUAUGCAGGGAAUGUUGUGGAUUGGACUUUUAGAAAGUUUCACUUUUGAGUGAAGAGAGCGGAGACUGAAAUUUUGGCUCAUAGUGAACGCACCAGAUUGUGUCUUGGUUGUUUCAACCUUUGUGUUUGUCAUUGAGAUAAAUCAUUCCCCUUAGGACAAAAUCCGUAGGUGUGUGAGAGAAGGAAAAGCUGGAUACACUCCCACCAUUUAAAAAAAAACAACAACUUUGUAGCAUUGCAAAAGGGUGAAGCCACAGUUACAAAGUGCCGCCUGGUGAGUACAAACCGAGAUGCUUUUAUUUGGUUGUAGCCUUAACUUGGGGUCUGACUCUAAUGUUCGGGCCCUUUCAGAAUAAAUUGACUGCUUUGUUUUAACGAACAGGCAGUCGCAGGUCAGUCUUGUGCCAAAACUGGUGUUUCUGUUAUUGGCAAAGCUCACUGACAACAUCUAAAGUUCACAUUGAUGGCGUAUGUAGCCCUGCAGAGCUGACUGAGUACUAUAGAAGGGAUAUCGUUUCCUACUGUAUCAGGAGUGUUACCGUACACCUGAGCGUUUCUCAUAUCGCAGCAGUGCACACUUAGAACCAGAUUGAUCUGCGGCUUGGCUUGUUACACACCCAAAAACAAACAGAUCGUUACCUUUGAAGAGCCGAAGCAGUUGCAUUUAUCCACCACAACCAAUCUCUUAACUCUAAACAAGGUUAGGCUUGGGGUGCUGAUGUGUCUUAUGCUCUAUUUAUUUGAAUUUUGCUGACGUAUUGUGGAAAGGUUCACGUCAAAUGCUGAAUAUGCUAUGCUAUUAGUUCAUGUUCUGAGGAAAAAAAAAAGUGAUGCACACAGAAAAUGAUUUGUUUUUGUUUGUUAUUUGCCGUGUCAUGUUUACCUUAUUUAGUGAUCAUUCCAGUGGUGCAUCACGAUUUAAGAUGAUUAUUCGCAUUCCUAAGAAACAGGUUUUGAUGGAAGGAAAAACAGCGACGGUCGGCCACAGACAGCUGUGUACUCUCACACACUCUCACACUGUACAUCAUGCAACAUCGUGUGGUCUUCAUCCUGGAAACAUGUUAUCUGAUAAAACUGGAAAACUGCUCCUUGAACAUAACUCUAUUUGAAGCUCAUUGUACCCCACUACCCUUUCUCGGCAUCUGAUACUGUCCCCUUUCUUUAAUUUAUUGAAAACAAAAGCCUCGUGUGUGGUUGUACUGUUUUAAUUUCCAUCCAGUAUGGCCUUUAAAAACCUCCAUUCACAAUAUCCUUUGAAAUCGACAAAAAGAAAUAGUUCAGGCUGAGUAGUAGAAAACUUACUGUCCUUGUUUGAUCACUAGUACGUGAACAAUGCCUAAUGUCUUGUGUAACAAAUAAAAUGAAUUAAACUAUGAAUGAAAUGAUAGAAAAAUAAAAAGCACAUGGCAAACCUG